AUGUUUUCGAACAUCAGCAUUUUCGUAUUUCUUAGUUUAGAAUCAUUCGUCUAUUCUAUUGGACAUACAUAUUUUCGUAUGGAUGCUUUUAAACGUGGUCAAUUCAAAUUUCGAUCGUUACCACGUUGUCUAAGUUUAGCAAUUAGAUCAAUAUCAUUUGAACGUCUUGAUAAUCGUCCUCUUUCAAAUACACCAUCGUUGCCUAGAAGACGAAAUGGAAUAUCUGCAGAUUCAUACAAUGAAAUAAGAAAAUUAAUUUUACAAGCACCAUUACCAACGGCUGUUCUUCAGCGUUCACCAACAAAAGAAUUUUCAUUAGAUGAUAUUGGCAUACCAUUAGCUGCAUCUUCUUAUUAUAUUCUUACAUUAAUCAAUGAAUGUUCAACACUUGUGAUGUUUAAUAAAGAUCAUGAAUUAUGUCGCAUUGAUUUGAGCAAUCUAUUAGUACUUGUUCAUGAUCUUUGUUGGUCGUCAAAACUAAAUAUGUUUCUUAUGGCUGGCUAUUCUCUAUAUACAUUUAAUCCUCGUUCAUGUAUACUAUCAACUAUUGAACGAAUAACAUUAGCUCGUGGUGAAUGGAUUGUCUCGAUAACAAUUGAUAGUAACUCAAUUUAUCUUCUUUAUUCGUCACGUUCAGCUCGUAUCGAAUGUCGGUCACUUUUUCUGCUGCAUACACUUGAAAAACAAUGGCUAGAAAAAGAUUUUCUUCGUCAAACAGACUUUCUUGCACAAUGUAUACGUAUUAAUCAAUGGAAUAUUCUUGCUAUGACAAUAAAACAAAAAGAUGGUGGGUGGAGAGUCGAUUUAUAUGAUUCAAAUAAUCUUUAUCGAAUACAUCGAGGUUGUUCAUUAGGUCAAGGUGUACCUGGCAUGAGAAAUUGUUUAGUGAUGCCUUAUAAUCGUUUAUGGAUUGUUAUUAAUAACUGUUCAAUACCUGAACAAGUUAUUUUACUUGAUGAAAAUGGUCGAAUGAAAGCAAAGACACAUCUCGAUAAACCACGCGGAUGUUUUAAUCUUUGUUUAGUCGGAGAUGAAUGGAUUGCAAUGAAUGUGAAAGAUAAAUUACGGCUUUAUAAAGUUCAAUCAUAA